UCAAGGGCUCAUGUCAGUAGGUCUACCUCACCCUAGUGUGUGUGUGUUUCUCUGUGCAGAACAUUGCGUCCAUAACUGAGAGGCCUUACAGCACAACUUCAACCAGCGUGACCUUCAGCCAAAGCUUCUCCUUGGAGCCCCUGAAGAAAUCAUUGUCUGCACUGAAGAAGAAACUCGAGAAGAAAUUCAAUUCAGUCUUCAAGCGGGAAAUAGUCAAGAUAUCUGCAGCGGCUAUGACACAUUUCCAGACCAUCCAGAGCAUACAGUAUACUGAUCCUGAACUCCCAGUCAGAAGAGCAGACAGUAAGGGUCUCCUGCCACCAGACAUGUCUGAUGGCCAGGCUGUUACUGCUGAACCAGUGACCAGAGAAGACUUCUUGCAGUAUUCCUGUCACUUCACUCUGGAUCCAAACACAGCACACAGAGAACUCCAUCUGUCUGAGGAGAACAGGAGGGUGGAGAGGAGAGAUGAGGACCUGCCAUAUCCUGAUCAUCCAGACAGAUUUGAUAUGUAUGCUCAAGUGCUGUGUAGAGAGGGUGUGUCUGCACGCUGCUACUGGGAGGUUGAGUGGAGUGGAGAGGUUAAUAUAGCAGUGUCAUAUAAAAGCAUCAGCAGGAAAGGACUUGGUGGGUUUGGAGAUAAUGAUCUGUUCUGGAGUCUGGACUUUCGCGAUUCCGGCUGCAUUUUAUGGCACAAUGAAGAAAACACUAAUCUCCCUCUAGUGGCCAGCUCCAGAAUAGGAUUGUAUGUGGAUCACAGGGCAGGAACUCUGGCCUUCUACAGCAUCUCUGGAGACACAAUGACCCUCCUGCACACAGUCCACACCACAUUCACACACACACUCUACCCUGGGUUUUUGGUAGUUGAUGAAUCAUCAGUGCAGCUGUUGUGAGGCCCCUACAGGUAAA